AUGUCCGCGCGGCGGGAGACCUGCGCGCGUGUCACCUUCAGCGGAGGAGCGGGAAGUGCAACGACGCCGGCUCGACCACCUGAGGCAGGGAUGGGCGGGGAGGCGUGUCCUCACAAGCUUGGAUCCACCAAUCACCUCCGACUCCUGCUCUACAUCCUGAUUCCCACUGUGAGCCUGCUGGCCGCCCUGCUGCUGCUCGUCCUAGCCCUCACUGGGAUAUUUGGCGGCAGCCUCUUGGCCUCCAGCCCCCUCUCGUCCCCCGAGCCCAUCGUUGACAGCGACCCCGGCUACAACGGCAACAGCACAAACCCCCCCCCCACCGUUGAGGUGGAGAGCACCACCUCCUCGCUGAGACAACAUGGCGGCGGUGGCGGCGAAGAUGAUGACGUCACGCACCCCGGCAAGAGCACACCUGCUGCGGCUGCCAGCACUGCCCCGCCUUCCUCAUCUCCGGCCACGCCCACUCUGCCCUUCACAACGCCUCCUGAUUGGCUGACCUCUGUGACAGCACUAAGCUCUGCAUGGCCCAUUAGCUCCACCGCGACACCUGACACAGGCAGCUGUCAGCUGAUCGCGGAGCCGCAUUGCCACAUGCUGCCCUACAAUCAAACAUGGAUGUUCUCCUCCGUGGCCGUGGUGAAGAGCUCGGAGGUGGAAAUGCUGCUAAGGUUCUUCAGCUACCUCAGCCGACUCUCCUGCUACAGACACAUCAUGCUGUUCGGCUGCUCGCUGGCGCUGCCCGAGUGCAUCGCCGCCACCGACAGCUCGCACAACAGACAGGUGGUGCUGCCCUGUGCGUCGUUCUGCGAGGCGGCGAGGGAAGGCUGUGAACCGGUCCUCCAGAUGUUCAACGCCUCCUGGCCCGACUUCCUGCGCUGCUCUCAGUUUAGCAAUGUCACCUCCACGCCACCGCCACCACCACCAUCAUCAUCAUCAUCAUCAUCAUCAUCAUCAUCAUCCUCACCGUCAACGUCCGCGCCCUCACCGACAGCAGGCCCCGCCCCUUUCACCUGCUACAUGCCGCGACAGACCAAAGGGAAACCAUCUGUGUGCGGCGGGAAUGACCACUUCCUUUGUACGACGGGAAUUUGCGUCCCCCAGAAACUGGUGUGUAACGGCUACAACGACUGUGACGACUGGAGCGACGAAACACACUGCGUGUGCACAGAGGGAGAGUUCCGCUGUAACACUGGUCGGUGUCUCUCGCCCGCUCUGGUGUGCGACGGUUAUGACGACUGUGGAGACAUGAGCGACGAACUCGACUGUGUGUGUGACCUGGCUCGUGAGCAUCGUUGUGGUGACGGUCGUUGUGUGUCCAGAGACUGGUUGUGUGACGGAGACCACGACUGUCUGGACAAGUCCGACGAGCUCAACUGCUCCUGUAAGAGUCAGGGUCUGCUGGAGUGUAAGAACGGUCAGUGUAUUCCGUCUGCGUUUCGUUGUGACGGAGAGGACGACUGUAAAGACGGCAGCGACGAGGAGCACUGCAGCAAAGAGCAGACUCAGGGUGUGUGUGUUCCUGGUCAGCCCAGCUGUAUCUCCACUCCCUGUCCGUCUGGGUGUGUGGGGGGCAGCACCAGCUGUGACCUCCGAAACAACAACUGCACUCACUGUGAGCCCAUCAGCCUGGAGCUGUGCAUGAACCUGCCCUACAACCUGACCAGUUUCCCAAACUACCUGGGUCACCUGUCGCAGAGAGAGAGCUCCGUGUCCUGGGAGUCCUCGCUGUUCCCCGCCCUCGUCCAGACCGGCUGUUACCAGUACCUCAUGUUCUACGCCUGCACGCUGCUCGUGCCCAAGUGCGACCCCGUCAGCCGGCAGAAGGUCCCGCCCUGCAGGUCGUUGUGUCGUAACGCAAAGGAAAAGUGUGAGUCGGUGCUUGGCAUUGUGGGUCUGCAGUGGCCCGAGGACUCGGACUGUAGCCAGUUUCCAGAGGAGGGAGGAAACGCCACCUGCCUGCUGCCGGAGGCCGGCGUCCACGAGUGCUCCCCCAGUCACUUCAAGUGUCGGUCCGGUCGCUGCGUGUUGGCGUCCAAACGCUGCGACGGACACCUGGACUGUGAUGACCACAGUGACGAGGACAACUGUGGCUGCUCAGAGCGUGCUCUGUGGGAGUGUCCCGGCAGCAACGUGUGCAUUAAAGCCAGUAUGAUAUGUGAUGGCUUCCCAGACUGCCCCCUGCUGGUGGACGAGGCCAACUGCUCUGUGUGCAGAGACAACGAGCUGUCCUGUAACAACCAUCAGUGUGUCCAUCGCACACUGUGGUGCGACGGAAAGAGACACUGCUCAGACAGCUCAGACGAAUGGGACUGUGUGUCUCUGUCCGAUCGAUCAGGUUCAGUAUUGACCGUGUUCAGGACGGCAGCAGAGUAUCAGGUCUGUGCAGACGAGUGGAACCACGAGCUGAGCAAACUGACCUGUGACCAGCUGGGACUAGGGGUUCCCUCCUCUGUGUCCAUGGUGGCGGAGCCGCCUGGAGUCCCGGGUCGCCGGCGCUGGUUACACGUCCAUCCUGAGUGGAACCUGAGGAACAGUUCUUCUCUGCAGGCCCGACUGGAGAAGAGAAGUCAUACGUGUCAUUCCAGGAGGAGAGUUUCUGUGUUUUGUGACAGAGAAGAGUGUGGGGUUCGACCAACGGUGGGCCUCUACCCCCACAGGAAGAAGAGGAUCCUGGGAGGACGGGUUGCCCGGCGGGGGGCGUGGCCCUGGCAGUGCUCGCUGCAGAGCGGGCAGAGUGGACACGUGUGCGGCUGCGUCCUCAUUGGCCGGCGGUGGGCUCUGACCGUCGCACACUGCUUCGAGGGGAGGGAGAGCGCCGACCUGUGGAAGGUCGUCCUGGGCCUCAACAACCUGGACCAUCCGGGCGUCCACAGCCAGAGCCGCGGGGUGCGCUCCAUCAUCGUACACCCGCGCUACAACCGGGCGGUGGUCGACUACGACAUCAGCGUGGUGCAGCUGGACUCUGAGGUGGAGGAGACGGCGUUUGUCCGGCCGGCGUGUCUGCCUCAGCCCGGGCAGCUGCCGUCACCGGACUCCUACUGUUACAUCUCCGGCUGGGGUCACAUGGGCAACAGGAUGCCCUUUAAGCUGCAGGAGGGGGAGGUCCGGAUCAUCUCUCUCUCUCAGUGUCAGUCUUACUUCGACAUGAAGACCAUCACUCCCAGGAUGCUUUGUGCCGGUUACGAAGCCGGAACCGUCGACUCCUGCAUGGGGGACAGUGGCGGUCCGUUGGUGUGCGCGGAGGAGGCCGGGCGCUGGACGUUGUUCGGCCUGACGUCGUGGGGAAGCGUGUGCUUCAGUAAAGUGCUGGGACCUGGAGUUUACAGCAACGUGACUCACUUCACCCCCUGGAUCCAACAACAGAUCUACAUCCACACAUACCUGACCGACUGACACACACACACAGACACACACACACAAACAACAAGAGCGCUUUCAUUCCAGGAGGAAGUGAUGUCAUUGUCAGUCACACACACCUUCAGUUCCUCCACCUGUGCCUAUAACUUUACUGAUAGCCUUCAGAUGCUAACUGCCGUACGACCAGCAGUGUUAACUAGUGUUACUGAUGCUAACUCGUUGACUAGUUGAGCUGUUGUUGUUAACAAGUAAACAUCACAUUACACACUUAUUCUAUUAUUUCAUUAUUACCAUGUAUGGAAGCAAAACAAGGACAAAAAAACUCAGAUUGAAUAAACAUACCAACUGUUAAUUUACAGAUUGUUAAAUAUUAAAUGUUGGAAUUUAAAUUUUAUGAAUAUUUAGUAAUUAAAUGAUUAGAUUAUUUAGACCAUUGAAAUUUACCCAUGUAAAAAUUCUCCAUUUAUAAAAGCAGAAGUUCAAAGUAAAAAUAAAAGAACUAUGCUUCAUUUACGCUGUGGAAUUUUAAAUCCAACAUCAAAUAUUAAGUAGUGGAUUCUUUUAUUUAUUUAAAUUUGAUGAUGGAAUUUAAAUUAAAUACAAAAUGUCUUUGCUUCCAUUAACGUGACAUUAAUUAUUAUUUUAUUUGUAUUUCCAGCAACAGCAGUAACUCAGAGGAAAAUCAGCUUCAGUCCAUUGUUGCAUUAAUAUUCUCCAGUGUGUGUAUGUGUGUGAUUUUGUGUGUAUGUGUGUUUGUGUGUGUCUGCCUCAUCAACACUUUUUAAACUUGAAACUUUACAUCGUUAAAACGUCGUCACAAUGGUCAGACGUUUAGCGCCGACGUCCUCCAAGCUGCUAGCUAAAACAGACCAGCCGAGCACCCAACCUCCCACAAUGCUUCACUCUAUAGUGCCUGUACUUCAACCUGUUACCUGUAGGAUGUCGAGCUGUACGAUGUCGUGCUGUUCGUGUGAGUGACACCGAGAAAGGGGUUCUUACGUUGUUUUUUUUGCUUCUAAACACGCUGGUAACUUUAUAGCUCAACUUUGAUGGACAACAAUUAUCAGUGACCUUUAUUAACACACAUUUUAUUUAACGAUGUGUCGUAUCUGACAUUCACAGCCGUACUAACAUGUACUAACAGAAUAUAAACAGUGGAUCAAUGGUGAAUAACAGACUGUAAUGUAGCUGUAAUAUUAAUAAUUAAACAAUCAACAAAAUUAUAGUAAAACACAACUGUUGAGAAAUACUGAAAAUUAAUAAACACAAUGUCUUUAUUAACUUAUAAACAGAUUUAAACACGAAUUAUCCAAAAGUAAAGUGUCUGAAUUUAAAAUGUUUCAUUUAAUGUUUAAAGUCAAAACUUAGUUCAAAGAAAAAAAAAGCUAAAUUAGCUUUAACUACUAAUUAACAAACUCAACUGGCCAAACUGUAGUUUUAAAAGAAGCCAUGUUUAGAAAGCUAACUUUGCUAACUUUAGCCAGCAGACUCGCUAACACAAACUAUUAACUGCCAAAUUAGUGCCAGCUAGAAUGUGAAGCACAAUUGUAGCAUAUUGCUAAUGUAGACCAAUGAGGUGAUGUAUUUAAAAUGCUGCCAAAUGUAGCAGUGAGCUACAUUAACUUUUACGUAGCUGACAAAACUGAGUAUAUUAGCACCACAGCUAACUGCUAAGGUUAUGAAUGAGUCUCUCCCGAAGAGUUUGAGGUGAAUUAAAAAAUGAGAAUUGUGUUAGUUAGAUAUAUGAUCCUCGCAAGUGUUGCGUGGAAAAUUCAUGAAUUAAAAAUCGCCAAAUUUUGUUAUUGUUUAAUUGAUCCCAUUUAGCUUCUGCUGCCGUUUAAUCUGUGUUAAUUCAAGACAUUGUCACAUUUUACUAGGGCAUCAAAUAUGUCAGUAAUGGAGGUGAUUUCGGUCAGGAUGCAGAAAAUUUGACGGAAAUCCUAAAUUUUUCGUUUUAAAUUUUAAAUUUCGUUGAGAAAGUGGAAUCAGAAACAAAAAUGUAUUAUGGGCAACAUGUAACGCUCCCGACUCGUUGCCCGACUCGUUGCCCGACUCGUUGCCCGACUCGUUGCCCGACUCGUUGCCCGAUGUGUGUGUGUGUUCCAUGCCAACGUCAAACUGACAUCCAGAACAUUCCAAGUGGUAGUCAUCGUUUUGUGUGUUUGGUUUUUUAAGAGUAUUUUUCUACAGCUUUUUGUAUGUCAGGCUUCUUACAGUGUGUGUGUGCGUGUGUGUGUGUCUGUGAACAUGCAGUCACGUGUGCAGACUAUGUUUGGUUGUAUGUGAUUUGGCUUGCGUUUGUGUUUCUGAUGUCACCUCCUGAUUUGGCUUUGUUACCAUGAUGAUGACGAUGAUGAUGAUGAUGUAAUUGUUUGAUGACGUUGGAUUUAAAUCGAAAUGCUUUACGAACUGUAGCCUCUUAUGUUUGUGUAACAGUGAAUAAUUGGUUUGUAUCACAUUGUAUCCCACAAAUAAAAGUAUACACACACACUCUGUCCUGUGUGUGUGACUCAGAGUCA